CCCUUCUUCUACUUCUUUUGUCUGUUCCUUUCCCCACUCUUACACACGCUACACUCAGAGCUAGUCCAAAAUAAAGCUCUGUGGUUUCACAGAGAAACAACAACCCCAUCUUCAAAUCAACCUGCAUUUUCCAUUUUCAAGCAGAGAUUCCAUCUGGGUCUCCCUCAAAUCCCCCACUUAUCAUCAUCAUCAAUGGACACCUCAACAUCUCCCUCACCCUCACCUUCUUCCAAGUCCAUUCUCAACAUCACCACACCCUUCCAAAACCUUCCAGAUGCUUCCCCAAGGCCACACAAGAAAAGCAUAUUCACCACAUUAAUGGAAGCCACCACCACUUCCUUCAAAGAAGACACCUACUUGGUGUCCCACCUCAGAAAUUCAGAGAAAAAGGCACUGCAAGAGUUCAAAGACAAGCUUUUGGCUUCUGGGGAGGUCAACAAUGCUUCAAUGUGGGGUGUUACUCUGCUUAAUGGUGAUGAUAGAGCUGAUGUGUUGCUCUUGAAGUUCCUUAGAGCCAGGGACUUCAGGGUUUGUGAUGCUCUCAACAUGCUCCUCAAGUGCUUGGCUUGGAGGAAAGAGUUUGGUGCUGACAACAUUGUAGAUGAGGAAUUGGGGUUCAAAGAGCUUGAAGGGGUUGUAGCUUGUACUCAAGGGUAUGAUAGAGAGGGGCACCCUGUGUGCUACAAUGAUUAUGGGGUGUUCAAAGACAAGGAAAUGUAUGAGAAGUUUUUUGGGGAUGAAGAGAAGCUGAAGAAAUUUUUGAGGUGGAGGGUUCAAGUUCUUGAAAGAGGAAUCAAGCUUCUCCAUUUCAAGCCUGGCGGGGUCAAUUCUUUGAUUCAGGUUACUGAUCUUAAGGAUAUGCCCAAGAGAGAGCUCAGGGUUGCUUCUAAUCAGAUUCUCUCUCUGUUCCAAGACAACUAUCCAGAAAUGGUUGCAAGGAAGAUUUUCAUCAAUGUGCCAUGGUACUUCAGCAUGUUGUAUUCAAUGUUCAGCCCAUUUCUGACCCAAAGAACCAAGAGCAAGUUUGUGAUAUCUAAGGAAGGAAAUGCUGCUGAGACACUCUACAAAUUUGUAAGGCCUGAGGAAAUUCCUGUAAGGUAUGGAGGACUGUGUAGACCCAGCGAUUUGCAGAAUGGUCCCCCAAAACCAGCUUCUGAGUUCACAGUUAAAGGAGGAGAGAAAGUGAACAUACAAAUUGAAGGAAUUGAGUAUGGUGCAACUAUCACAUGGGACAUUGUGGUUGGAGGCUGGGACUUGGAAUACAGUGCUGAGUUUGUCCCAAAUGCAGAAGGUAGCUACACCAUAGCAGUUGAGAAGGCAAGGAAGAUUGAGGCCUCAGAAGAAGCAAUCCAUAACUCAUUCACAUUAAAAGAAGCAGGAAAAAUGGUGCUCUCAGUAGAUAACUCUGCUUCCAGGAAGAAGAAAGUUGCUGCUUAUCGCUACAUUGUCCGCAAAUAUAGCACACAGUCUGUAUAAUGUUUUGCUUGCAAUGUUGUUUCUAACUUUUCACUGUCACAUUGAGCUUAAACGUAAAAAGUAGAAUUUGUCUCGUUAUCCAAACAUGCCAUUUGGGUUUGGAAUAGAGGGAGAGAGAGUGGUACUUAGAGCAACUCCAACCCACAAUUUCUUAUUUGGUUUCUUAACACACUAUUCGGCAC